CGGUGGGUAUUAUUCUCAUCAUCAUCCAUUUAUUUCAAGUACUAUAAAAGCAUUUUUCCUGUAUUUAUUUGUGUUAUUAUAUGAUUUAAAUACUUUCAUGUUUUUAUUUGUAGAUUAUUAAUCAUAACAUCUCUUGGAUUGUGAUUUGUUCUGUUCUAUUUGUGUGUUUGAAGUUAAUAACAACAUUGAGAUAUUUAUACACUUCCUUUUAUAAGAACGAAUACAAAAACCAACAACGAAAGUCACGAAUAUUCGAAAAGUGUUCCAGGCAAGUAUUUUAGUAAUUUUACUAGUUGUAAAGUUCGUUAAGGUUCUAGUACUGCUUCAAAAUGUCAUAAAACAUUUAGAUUGAAGGCAAAUGUACAUUAGCUUUUCGUUAGUUAGUUUUGUGAUCAUCAUUUUGUUUAAUCUCUCAUUUCAAUCUUCAGAGACUUACCUACUGUUGAAAUUAGAAUUUAUAAAUCGACUUUAGUCCUGGAAUUAGACGAAAGAUUUUUUAAGAAGUUUUCCACGAUCGACCUGAUCUCAGUUGACUGUACCUAAUAGAUUUUAGUAAUUUUCACAAUGGAUCAAAUAUAACUUAUUCCUUUCAUUUUAAAAUAAUAUUAGUUUCUUGUUUAUUUAGAUGUAUUUCACAAAAUGAUACAGUAGAUAAUUAUGGCCAAACAUGUUACCAGCUGCAUAUCGUGAUCCUAUUGAUGCUCCAUUAAGAAAGCUUAGUGUUGAUCUUAUUAAAACAUAUAAACAUAUUAACGAGUAUGUACAAAUGCCGUACCCAGAUUGGGAAUUUGGACGGGAGCAUUUUUAUGCUCAUCAUUUAUCGUCAAAUGCAAGUAGUUUAACGGAUAGUAAUGGUGGUAGUUCUGUAUAUGGAAGUGCAAAUAGUUAUCAGUAUGAUAUACUUCCUAGAUCAGCAGCAAGUAACGGAUCGUUAUCUGUUGAACCAGUAUAUGAAGUCUAUUAUGCUAAAAAGAAAAAACGUACCAAUCAAGUUAGUGAAGAAAACGGUCUGCAUAAGAAAGAAAAGCGCAAUUUGAAUGAUGGAUAUGAUGAUGAAAAUCACGAUUAUAUUGUACGUCCAGGAGAAGUUUGGUUAGAACGUUAUGCCAUUGAUUGUCUUAUUGGAAAAGGAAGUUUUGGACAAGUUGUCAAAGCAUUUGACCAUAUUGAUCAAGAGUAUGUUGCCAUUAAAAUAAUUAAAAAUAAACGACCGUUUUUAUCACAAGCUCAAAUUGAAGUACGAUUACUAGAAUUAAUGAAUCAACAUGAUGCAGAUAAUAACGGUUAUAUUGUUAAACUGAAGCGCCAUUUUAAUUUUCGUAAUCAUUUAUGUCUUGUAUUUGAAUUAUUAUCCUAUAAUUUAUACGAUUUAUUACGGAAUACGAAUUUUCGUGGUGUGUCAUUGAAUUUAACACGAAAAUUUGCCUUACAACUUUUAUCAGCAUUAUUAUUUUUAUCACAACCAGAACUAAGUGUGCUACAUUGUGAUUUAAAACCGGAAAAUAUUUUAUUAGUUAAUCCAAAACGUAGUGCUAUUAAAAUUGUCGAUUUUGGAAGUUCAUGUCAAUUAGGACAACGCCUUUAUCAAUAUAUUCAAAGUCGUUUUUAUCGAUCACCCGAAGUUCUUUUGGGUAUUCCAUACGAUAUGGCUAUCGAUAUGUGGUCACUGGGUUGUAUCCUCGUUGAAAUGCACACAGGAGAACCAUUAUUUAGUGGAACAAAUGAAUUUGAUCAAAUUAUGAAAAUAGUUGAAGUACUAGGCAUGCCACCAAAUCAUAUUCUUGAUCAAGGAACAAAAACAAAACGAUUUUUCGAUCGUUUACCGGAUAACACAUGGAUAGCUAGAAAAAGUAGAGAGAGAAGAUAUCGAGCACCAGGCACGAAAAAACUCCAUGAAAUACUUGGAGUUGAUUUGGGUGGACCGGGUGGACGACGAACAGGUGAACCGAAUCAUAGUACACAAGAUUAUGUUAAAUUUAAAGAUUUAGUACAACAAAUGUUAGAAUAUGAUCCUAAACGACGAGUUAUACCAUUUAUUGCGUUACAACAUAAUUUUUUCAAGCGUACAUACGAAGAAGGCAAUCAUACACCGUCAACAGCCGGAAGUGCAAAUAAUAUUUUGAGUAAUAAUGGAAAUGGAGGAACAAAUAAUAACAAUAACAAUGGUUCACCAAACCUUGAACCAACACUUCGUUACCGUCAAGAAUCAUAUCGUCAUGUAAUUGAAACAGUACCAUCAACAUCUUCUCACUCUCAACAGCAACAAUCACAGCCACGCUCAAAUCAGUAUCCGCCUAGUUUAUGGCAACAACCCGAACAAACACCACAAGUUUUUAUUUUAAAUUCUGGAUCAUCAGCUGCAACAAGUGGAAUACAUCGACCGUUUCCUGGUCUACCUCCGUCAUCAAUACCAUCAUCCACAAAUAAUAUGAGCAAUGGACCAAAUACAUUUAUUCAAACUCCACAAGCAUAUGCGACCGAUAUUUUACGCUCAUAUCCACAAUCAUCUUUAUUCGUUCAGCAACAACAACAAAAUUCUCAUGUACCACCUUCUAUGGGUGGUUCGAAUUUAAUUGGAAAUAAUAACAAUACUAGUAAUAAUAUUAAUAAUAAUAAUAAUAAUAAUAAUAAUAAUAAUAAUAAUAAAAUACCGAAUAAUGAUGAUACACAUCAUUUUCAUCAUCUUGAAUUGCAGCAAGAGCUUCCACUUCCAUCACAAUUCACCUCAUCAUAUUAUUCUCAUUUAAAUCAUUCAUCAACGACUCCGCCACAGCCCCCGUCUGCUACGAAUUUUAUCGGACAAAAUUUUCCUCCUGUUAAUCCAUUAGCAGCGGCUUUCACCUAUUCGACAGCCGCAUUUCAUCCAUCAUCGACACAUCAUCUCCAUCAUUCACUAUACUCAGAUGAGCCAACUAUGUUAAUACAAAAUCCAAGUUUGACUUGA